AUGGAGGAAUUCUCCUACCAUCCAAGUGGAUGCUCAUCCCACGCUGAUCACCAGAAACAAACCAAUACUCACAAAAUCAUCAAACAAGAUGUUUCUAGGGUGCUCGCAGUACUGCUUGCCUCUAUUGGAGCAGUCCUUUCUAUCAAAAACUUUGCGAAUUCAUUUAACAACAGUCACCAAAGAAUAGGUCUAGCACUUUAUGGUGCCAUAUGGGUGCAAGCCUUGGCUGGAUUUCGCAGGCCUAAGAUGUAA